AUGCCGCGCUCCCAUUGGCUGCCGCGCGGUGACGCAGUGACUUCUGAAUCCACUGCUACACGGCUCUGCGGCUCUGAUGAGCACGGAGACACGGCCUUGGAGGAGCAUUACGCACGGUUACGCACGGAAGAAGACAAUGAGGUGGAGCGGGUCGGGGUUGUAGAGAGAGGCUCGUGGUGGGAGAGAGGCUCGUGGCCGGAGGAGGUGGCGGCUGCACGGGGACUGCUGUGGACUGUCGCCGCUGGAGCCGUGUUUCCCGCAGGAUGCGGAGGCUACACCCGCAAUGAGCGCGAGUCUCCGGGACUGAAGUGA